UCUCCUGGUCGUCUCUGCCGGCUGGAGCAGCUCAACGCGGAGAGAGUCCACGACGACCACCACCUCCACCUCCUCCCCUCCCCUCCCCGCCCUAGUCAAACCCUUCCUCCCUUGUAAUCUUCGCAACAGCCGCCGCAGCAGGACCGCAAGUUCGUAGCUUUCCUCUCCUCUCUUCCCCCGCCUUCGCCUUGUACGCCUCCAAAUCUCUGAGGCGAGGGGGAGGAAAAAAGCGCGCAUUCUGGUGUCCGGGAAAGGCGGCUUCUUGGCGGUUGGUUUCUCGGAGUCGACGUCUCUUUUCUCUGCGCGGAUUUCUCGGGGUAGCGGAGGCGUUUCUUGGCGGGCGGUGGGAUGAGCAGCCAGGCCGCCGGAUCGAGCUCCGGUGGAUCCGGCGACGGUGGCGCGGCGGCGCCAAGGAGGAGCACCAGGAAGCCCAAGUAUUCCAAGUUUACUCAGCAGGAGCUCCCAGCUUGCAAGCCAAUUCUUACUCCAAAAUGGGUCAUUUCGGUUUUCGUUCUUGUCGGCGUCAUUUUUGUCCCAAUUGGUCUUGUUUCGUUGAUGGCUUCACACAAGGUUGUUGAGAUUGUUGAUCGAUAUGAUGAUGCAUGUGUCCCAGCUACUAAUAAAACUGACAAGCUUGCUUACAUCCAGAACCCAACAACAAACAAAAGCUGCUCAAGGACUCUAAAGGUCCCAAAAGAUAUGGAUGCACCAAUUUUUGUGUAUUACCAGCUGGAUAAUUUCUAUCAGAAUCAUAGGAGAUAUGUCAAGAGCCGGAGUGAUACACAGCUCAGAGAUGCCAAAAAGGAAAACGACACCUCCACUUGUGAUCCUGAGAGCGUGCUAAAUGGAACGGCAAUUGUUCCUUGUGGUUUGAUUGCAUGGAGCACAUUUAAUGAUACGUAUGCCUUCGUUCACAACAGUUCGAACCUUAGAGUGGACAAGAAGGACAUUUCUUGGAAGAGUGACAGGGAGCACAAAUUCGGGAGUAAUGUCUUUCCAAAAAACUUCCAGAAUGGUCCUCUUAAAGGUGGAAAAUCACUUGAUCCAAACAUACCGUUGAGUAAACAAGAGGACCUUAUCGUUUGGAUGAGAACUGCUGCACUUCCAACAUUCAGAAAGCUGUAUGGUAGGAUACACACUGACCUCAAGAAAGGUGACACCAUUACGGUGACAUUGGAGAACAACUACAACACAUAUAGCUUUGGUGGCAAAAAGAAGUUGGUACUUUCUACCUCAACAUGGCUUGGUGGAAAGAAUGAUUUUCUUGGUCUAGCAUAUCUCACUGUUGGUGGACUCUGCUUCUUCCUGGCAUUUGCAUUCACAUUGCUGUACUUGAUAAAACCAAGGAAAUUGGGUGACAACAACUACUUGUCAUGGAACAGACACCCUGCAGGCCGUUGAUAAGCUCUCAAAUUUAAGUUGCAUAUUCAACAUCAAGCAAGCUGGGCUUAUGGUUCAAAUGUAUCUUGUACAUUUUAAAUUUUAAGAUAGCAGUUUUAUUUGUUAGCCGUGGUGGAGUGCCAAUACGGCUUAUACGAAUUAGGCCCGUGUAUGAGCGACCCUGAUGUACAUUAUGUUGGAAAAGAAAAUUAUAUAUACAGCCUCCUUUUGUUGAAAAUUUUAAAUACCACAGAAGCUCAAUGAAAUUGUUUUUA